AGCAAGUCCCUGCAGCAAUGUUCCAACAUCUAGUGAGUGGGAAGGCAUUCCACUAAAUGUUGCUGUUAUAGCAGCAAAAGGGGAACCAACUCCAUAUUAAUGCCCAUGAUUUUGGAAUGAGAUGUUCGACGAGCAGAUGUCCACAUACUUUUGGUCAUGUAGUGUACUUGUAACUUUUCCCUUUCUGUGCUGAUAACAUAGAGAUAGAUAGAAGACUCAUCUUUGUAUAUGUGCUAUUACAGCAAAUAUUUUUUUAUAACUAACCCAAGAUAGACCAGAGCCUGUUGUUUCCAAUGGGAGCAAAUUCAUCAUAGUGGGCAGAACAAGCAAGGAGGUGGGCAGAGCUAAGCACGAGCUAGUGAGAUCCUAUUGGCACGUUCUAGCAUUUAUUUUCCUAUUUCCAUUAGGGAACACCAACUCUGUGAAAUGUGCAUGUGUAAUAACUCAAUUUGCCCUUGCACUCCUUCUAAACAACACAAUUUUUGCAAAACUUUGGCAAAGGGUCAAGUCUACAAAAUGCCUUGUUACGGAUAUAUACUGUUACGGAUUCUAGUUUUGGAAACAGAAAACUGUAUGGAGAUAAAAUGCUUCAUUGAUUAGAACAUUUGCAGAAUGUUGGACAAAAUCCAUCUCGCUUCAUCUUCUCCUACUUCUGGCCACUGGGCUUCAUCUCUUCACCAUAUUUUGUAGUGAGUAGAAACGCCAACCGGAUGCUUCACGUUUACAUCCAGUAAAAUAUCUGGCUCAGUGUUCUAUCUGUGAUUAUAGUGUCUGUGACAGCAUGGGCAGCGACAUUGCGGUAAUCUCCAUUAUGAGGUGGUCAAUUUUCUUCUUCACAAUUGGCUGAUCCCUCCUGAUGGCCUGGUUGGACAUGACUGCAACAGGGUCUCCAGGAGUGAUCAGCCAAUGAAGUUGUAAGUCCCACCCAGUUGGCUACAUUAAAAUGGUGGAAUCGCUCAAUUGUGCUGGCCAUGCUAAUUCGGCCUGUUGGCCACUAGAGGCCUCCAUCGUUCUCUAUGGCAGAUACUUUUUGUCGAGAAUGAAUGUGGCUAGAAUUAAUCAUUCGAAUCAGUCGCACAUGACCCAGGGACCUUUGCCUGAUUGGACAGGUUUCAUGACGUUAACAAUCCAGGAAAUGCAGCGUCUUUCCGGUUAAAGAUGGUGGAUAAAUAAAGAUGUCCCACUCAGGCCGUUGAUCAUUGAAAUAAAAUGGUCAGUUCCGGUCUUCUUAACGUGGUGGCUCUCCAAUGCAUUAGUAGUUUGGUCUGGUCUGCUUAGUUCAUUGACCGUAGAUGAACCAGAAUAAUUAGGGAGUGGGAUGUCUCGCUUCCUCUUCCGCCUCUGUUUCAGAUGACAACAAUCAGAAAUAAGGUAGCUAGCAAAGCUAUUUUCAAAACUAUGCUGGGCUGCUUUUUUUUUUAUCCGUGAGCAUUUAUACGAGAAACACAACAUUUUCCUCUCGUGGUUGUCUUCAUAAUCAAGAUAGCUACAUUUGGUGGGUGACAAUCUUACAAAGUAGCAAGAAUGUAAAGUAAUGGGAAGGUGUUGACCUUAGCAGAGACACACUAGUCAACAAGAUGAAGAACAAACCUGUGAAAAAGCAACACAAAAUCAAGAGGUCUAAACACCAUCGAGACCCCAUCAAAACAGAGUGUGAAACACAGUCAGAUGAUGUUAACUGCAAAAGAGAAGAACCAGACAUUAGCCAAGCUCCCUCUCCCAACACGAAAGGGGUCACUUCCAACUCCAUCCAAGUUAAAGAGGAACCAGCAGACUUUGAAGUGCAGAGUCAUUGCUUGGAUUCUAGAGCACUCCACAAGGAUUCUGGAUCCGUCAUAACCAAGACUGAAACAGAUUCCGUUUACAUUAGCCAAGGAACAGUAGAGAUGAAAGCAGAGUAUGAUUCUGAUUCUGAAAUACAUAAGGUGGUGGUUAAGAGAGAAACUCAAGUGUGUUUCAUGAAGGAGGAGAAUGUGGGUGAAGAAAACACAGAUGAGGACACCGAAGACAGGAGGGAUACAGACAGCAACAGAGUCUCUUCUCCUCAGUUCUUUCCUUGCACAUACUGCACCAUCUCCUUCACCGACCAUUCCUUCCUGGAGAAGCACAUCAAGUGGAACCACCAGAAGGAGUAUCUGGCCAUGUUGAGAAACAGUUUUUCAAAGAGCAGUGGAACAGAGACGGUCCCAGCACACAGCUGCCUCCACUGUAGCCUCAUGUUCCAAACCCCACGGCUGCUUAGUAUCCACACCCGCCAGAUCCACCCUUCAGCCACUCCCCGGAAACCUGCCCGUCCCCACAGGGUUUCGGUGAAACUCUACACCUGCCCACAGUGUGCCCGCAGAUUCAGGUACCUGGGCAGUCUGCAAAACCACUGUGAGCUUUCACACAAAAUGGCUGUUGUCAGCACCAAUGGACACCUCAGUUGUGCCGAUUGUGGGAAGAGCUUCAAGAAUUGUUGGGGACUGGGACCUCACCAGUGUCACGAACCAGAGGGCACUGAACCUCAGGACAUUAAGCCUGUGGUCUGUCUGGAUGUCGGCUUCCAUUGCUCAGAGUGUGGCAAGAUCCUCUGUAGUCCUCAGAGCCUGAACAUUCACAUGCGAAUUCACACCGGAGAGAAGCCUUAUGCCUGUAAGGAGUGUGGCAAAAGAUUUGCGGAGAGCGGCAGUUUACGCAAACACCUGCUGAUACACUCUGGAGUCAAGGCAUUCAAAUGCCAGGAAUGCGGGAAGGAUUUUGCCCGUAUGAAGGGUCUCAGGAGUCACAUGACCACUCAUUCUGGCAAAAAGCAGUACUCCUGCUCCCACUGUGACCGGCAGUUUGGAUACAAGUCUAGUCUGACCAUUCACCUACGCUCUCACACAGGGGAGAAACCCUUUCACUGCACAGAGUGUGGUAAAGACUUCUCUAUCAAGAGAAACCUGAGGCUUCACCUAAAGAUCCACAACAAUGAGAAAGGCCACCAGUGUGGGGAGUGCGGCCUGAAGGUGAUAGACAUUGGGGCGUUGAAGACACACAUGCGCUCACACACCGGCGAGAGGCCUUACCACUGCACAGUGUGCAGCAAGCAGUUCAUUCGACUGGAACAUCUGAAGAACCACCAACGCACUCACACAGGUGAGAGACCAUACGUCUGUUCGGAGUGCAGCAAGAGCUUUGCUCAGUCUGGAGAUCUCACAAAACACAUACGCACUCACACUGGAGAGAAGCCGUAUGAAUGUUCUGUCUGCCACGGCUGCUAUACCUCUUCAGGGGAUCUGGGGAAACACAUGAGGAUCCACAAUGGUUCACGUCCCUUUCCCUGCCAGGAGUGUGACAAGAGCUUCCGCUUGGUCGGCCACCUUAAAACUCACAUGAGGACCCACACUGGGGAGAGACCGUACUCCUGCCCCCGCUGCCUCCGGACCUUCGCUCGCACCCACCACCUCUCUGUUCACCUGGCUCAGUGUCGCUGAUUGAUAAUGAUUUGCCUGGCUGUGUCGCGCCUUUCUCAAACUCAUUGCAUUAUGCUUUAUGGGGGUAACUCACCCUUUUCACUACUCCCAAUGUAUAGCCCUUACCUGGGGGAUGAGCCAUAUUUCACCAGAACACUGAGGUGGUGGUGGGGUAUUUGGCUGACUAUUACAGCGGACAAACAAGAUGAUGUAGGAAGCAUCAAUUCAAAGGUCCAAUCGCUCCAGACAUUGACACUCCACUAGAUACAGCUAGAUGCUGGGCAGAGUUUUUAGUUUGCAUGCAGUUUCAGAUUUGUUUUCUGGACGUUUAAGGGAUAGUUCACUACAAAAUACAAAUGCAUAUACUUUCCCACUUGCCAUGGCUUUAGGUGUAGAUGAUUCAUCAAAACGUCAAGAUGUGAUUAUAGCGCAAUAAAGUGACUUAAAUGUAAGGUAGACUAUCAUGUCAAUUACUAUUUAGAGUGAAUUAUCUCUGUUUUGUACUAUAUCUAAAAUCUUGUCACUAUUUUACUGAAUGUAUGAUAACAAGUUUUUUCUUAUGAAGGUGAGCAGAUUGGGUCUCUGCAGUACAUACAAGAAACAAAUACUCUUUAUACAGCCUAUGUACUGAAUCUAUAACCUACUUUAACUGAUAGUGUUGUCUUGGUGUGCGUGAUAAAUAGUAGUGUUGUCUUGCUGUGUGAUAAAUAGUGUUAACUGAUUAAUUACAUUGUAUUUAUUCUAAAUGAUUAGGCAACUGUUGUUAUAAGAAUGUGUCAAUGACUUGAUAUCUACUAAGUCAUUACAUUGACUAAUAAAUAUGAACAACAAUGUUAAGGCUGUUUAACCAAACCUUGCACAAUGCAAUAAAUUAUUUCAAAAAAUUGUA